AUGGCUUUUCGUGCCUUUAGAUCACAAUCAGUAUCAACACAAGGAGCGUAUAACUUAGCACAGAAAACAAUAGAGGAGCCUGUUCCAAGCAAAGUUGCACAAAGCACGGUCACAUGUUUAUACCAAGCAAAUGUAGCUGGAUUUUGGAGAAAUGUCUCAGUUUUAUGGUGCAAAAAUCUUAUGAACCAUACGUUACAUGUCACGGUCGAUAGCGUAGGAGGUGAUUCACAAUUCAGCUGCAAGAUUGAUGUGAAGCCAUGGCCCUUUUGGAGUAAAAAAGGGUACAAAACAUUUGAGGUCGAAGGGAACCACGUGGAAGUUUAUUGGGAUCUUCGGAGCGCGAAAUUCACCGGUAGUCCUGAACCAAGUAGCGAUUACUACGUAGCGUUAGUUUUGGACGAAGAGGUUGUUUUGUUGUUGGGAGAUUACAAGAAAAAGGCAUACAAAAGAACAAAAUCUAGGCCUGCACUUGUCGAGGCGAUGUUACUUGUUAAGAAAGAAAACGUUUUUGGGAAGAAAAGUUUCUCUACGAAGGCGAGGUUUGAUGAGAAGAGAAAAGAGAAUGAGAUUGUUGUUGAUAGUUUAACAGGUAAUAGUACUAAUGAUCCUGAAAUGUGGAUUAGCAUUGAUGGAAUUGUUUUGAUUCAUGUUAAGAAUUUGCAGUGGAAAUUUAGAGGGAAUCAAACUGUUAUGGUUAAUAAACAACCUGUGCAAGUUUUUUGGGAUGUUCAUGAUUGGUUGUUUAGUGGUUCUGGUUCAGGACCUGGACUUUUCAUUUUUAAACCAGGGCCUGUUGAAGAUGAAAGUGAAAAGGAAGGUAGUGCUGUUCAAAGUUGCGAAAGUGAUGAUGGUAGUCUUGGUUAUCAUUCAACUCUUAAUAAUGCUACUUUUGAGUUUUGUCUUGUUCUAUAUGCUUAUAAGAUUGAGUAAUAGAGU